CCAAUAUCUUCUGCUCGGGAGUCCUUUCGAGUUUCGACUCUUCUCUCUCUCGCUCUUGCUGCUUCGUCUACUCUUCGAUUUUUCUCAGUGAAACGAAGUAGAUUUUCGGCGAAAAAACCGCAACUGUCCGCCGGAGAAUGUCGGGAAAGGGGGCAAAAGGUUUGAUUACGGCGGGGAAGUCCACGAAGGACAAGGACAAGAAGAAACCAAUCUCCCGCUCUUCUCGCGCCGGUCUCCAGUUCCCUGUGGGUAGGGUCCAUCGCCUGCUGAAGGCAAGGGUUAAUGCAAAUGGAAGAGUAGGUGCAACGGCUGCUGUCUAUACAGCAGCUAUACUGGAGUAUCUGACUGCAGAGGUGCUUGAACUGGCAGGAAAUGCAAGCAAGGAUCUUAAGGUUAAACGUAUCACACCCAGGCAUUUGCAGUUGGCUAUCCGGGGUGAUGAAGAACUUGACACCCUUAUCAAGGGAACCAUAGCUGGUGGAGGUGUUAUCCCUCACAUUCACAAGUCACUUAUCAACAAAUCCUCCAAGGAGUAGUUCAUGUGAUAGAUCAGUAUUCAUUUAUCUGUGCUUCCAAACCUCAGAAAAAUGCUGGGAACAGUUGUCUUCUAGUUAUUGUGUGUUUAACACCGGUACUUGUUUUCUAGUAGCAACUAGCAAGCUGUGAAAAUUCAUAAAUAUUGAUUUAACAGCGGUACUUGUUUUCUAUAUCAGGAUUCUUGUUAAGUUU